CCAAUCAGAUCAGAGGUCCUCCGCGUCGCGCGCCCUCCUGUUGUUCUCUUUCUUUCUGCAGCUCACAGGUUAGCUUACAGGUUCGGAAACAUGUCCCGGGUCUACAUCGGUCGGCUGAGCUACAGAGCCAGGGAGAAGGACGUGGAGAGGUUCUUCAAGGGUUAUGGGAAGAUUCUAGAAGUGGACCUGAAAAAUGGCUACGGCUUUGUAGAGUUCGAUGACCCUCGUGAUGCAGACGAUGCCGUGUACGACCUGAACGGCAAAGAGCUGUGUGGGGAGAGGGUCAUUGUGGAGCACACCAAGGGGCCGCGGCGGGACGGGGGCUACACCGGGGGCCGCAGUGGCUAUGGGCGCUGGGGAGGCAGGGACAGGUACGGCCCACCUGUCCGCACCGAUUACCGCCUCAUAGUGGAGAAUCUGUCCAGCCGCUGCAGCUGGCAGGACCUGAAGGACUACAUGAGGCAGGCGGGUGAGGUGACGUACGCCGACACCCACAAAGGCCGUAAGAAUGAGGGCGUGAUCGAGUUCCGGCAGUACUCGGACAUGAAGCGGGCCCUGGAGAAGCUGGACGGAACCGAGGUCAACGGCAGGAAGAUCCGGCUCAUCGAGGACCGGCCCGGCGCCCGGCGCCGCCGCUCGUACUCCCGCAGCCGCUCCAGGUCCCGGUCCAGGAGCCGCCGGUCCCACAAGAGCCGCAGCCGCAGCGAUAGCAGCAGCCGGUCCCGGUCCCGGUCCCGCUCCAGAGCCGCUUCCCGCAGCCGCAGCCGCAGCAAGAAGAACAAGAGCAAGAGCAAGAAGGACGAGGAAGAGCGCAACGGCGCCGCCAAGGACGACGAGCGCAGCCGCAGCCGCAGCCGCAGCCGCAGCCCCAGGAGCAAAAAGAGCAAGAAGGAUGGCAAGUCUGCCAAGAAGGACGAGUCCCGGUCCCGCUCCAGGUCCGCCUCCCGCUCCAGAUCCCGGUCCCGCUCCAGGUCCCGCUCCAGGUCUGGCUCCAAGGACCGGCCCAGGAAGUCCGGCUCCCAGGACGGCGAGCCGCCCAAAAGUGACGUGGAAGCGGCGGACGCCGAGCGGCCGUCCCGCUCCCCGGAGGAGCUCAGAGCCGGGUCCAAGUCCAAGUCCCAGUCCGCAUCUCCGGCCAAAGCCGGCUCCAGGUCCCGCUCCGCCUCCCGCUCAGAGUCCCGCUCCAAGUCCCGGUCCCAGUCCCGUUCCCGCUCCCGCUCCUAGUCCCGGACUCCUGGUGACCUCCGACCCGCGGCUCGUACUUACAUUCCCUCUGACCCCCGACCCCGCCGCGUCCGGUUUUUGAUAAGUAGAGCAGCAGGCACUCGGACCGACCCGUCAGCUCCACCUCGUUUCCCUCUGAUCCGCGUAUUUUCCACUAGAUGUUUGUAAAAUUCCAGGAUGGAUCCGAGUUCUUUGAUGCUCCGCGUCUCUUUGUGUUUUUUUAAUCCAGUAGAAGCAAAUCGCCGGGAAUCAGAUUCCCAAACCUUUGUUUCACAUUAAACCGUCUGUUCUGA